AGUGUUCAUCCGAAAAUAAUAUUGGCGAAUUUCAAUGCAGUUGCAAUAUAAUUGCGAAUUUGGGGUAAUUUUUGCCGCUUUAAUUGCACUUAAAGAAGCUUCGUAUUUUAUGCGUUUUCACCCAAAGGCAGAGAACUUCCAAGAUGAUCGUGGUGGGUGCGAAUAAUUUCACUGGAUGUUGAACAUAUAUGUAGUCUCCUCCGUGUUGGAAUAUUUUACUCCACAUUCAAUAAAACCAACUAGUCCCCUGCAAUAUCUUCAGUCUGUGUUUGGCUUUUGAACAGUGCGGAUGUGCCUUAAGUUAGUGUUUCGCGGUGUAACGUGAUUUUGUUCUUACGUGCAGACAUAAGAAAUAAUAGUUGUAAAUUGAAAACUACUCGUAGUGAAGUGUACUAAGUAAAACAGUUCAGUUUAUUGAUAACUUUGAAACGUUCAUGUGUAAAUUUUAUGUUUAAACUUAGCGUAAAAAACAUUAAGGAAUAAAUAAACUAUAAAUUGGGUGAAUAUCUUGUCAUGUUUCACAAUGAAAGUAUUAUAAUAAUAUCCAGAAAAUUCACAAAAAAUGCUGCAGAGAAGUUAAUUAUGCUGUUAGUGAGUUAAACACGAACAUAAUUUUUGUGUGUGACCAAAAAGUGCAUUCUCUACAACCCAAAAGACACAAGAGGAUGAUUUUCAGAUGCAGAGAUCAAUUUUCCAUACGUGAUAAAUUGUGAGAAAAAGACGAGAAACUGUCACAAAAAUUUUGUGACAAUGACUAAUUUAAAUCGAAUACGUGUUGUGGUUCUGGGCAGCUCAAAAACGGGAAAGACAGCUGUGACAGUUCGUUACCUAACAAAACGCUACAUCGGCGAGUACAGUUCAACAAGUGAUUUCCUUUAUCGACAUUCGAUUACAUUUGAUAAUGUUACAACAGAGGUUGAAAUAAUGGACACAUCGAAAUGUUCCAAAGCCGGCUGUUUGUAUGAACAUCUGAGAUGGGGCGAUGCUUUCGUUGUGGUCUACUCAAUUUGUGAUAAAUCUAGCUUCCUGGAAGCUGAGGAGUAUCUUUCGCAAUUGGCUAAACUUAAGAUGCCCUCGUACUACUACACUACACUCCUGCUUGGAAAUAAACGAGAUCUAGAUCACACUAGAAAAGUGUCCGUAGACGAUGGACAUGAGCUCUCCUUACAAUAUUCCUGCCUAUUUUACGAAGUAUCAGCUGCUGAAAGUUUUGCAGGAGUGAGCCUAGCCUUUCAAUCCGUCCUACGAGAGGCAAGAUCCGUCCAACUCCUCAAGACACUUCCAAUCAGACGGAAACUCGGGGUUAACAGUGUCUCCAAGGUUUUGGGGAAUAUCUUUGGCAAGAACAGCAGCAAAGACAGGAAAAAACGACCAUCCCUGAGUAUAUGAAAAAUUUCUGCCGUUUGUGUGAUAAAAUUUAGUAAAGUAAACAUUUGUAUACUAUAAUUUAUGAGAAAGGCAAAAUGAUGCAUUUCAUACUGAAAAGCUUUUGUAUUUUUUUAAAAAGUUAGUUUUUCACUGUAAAUUUUUUUUUUUGCGUACAAAAAGAAAACCAUCCUACUAAAGUAAAAAUUUAUCUGUAUACGUCUAAAUGUAAGUAAAUUAGUUCUAAGUAAUAACUUACCAAUCAGAGAAUGAGAUAAAUUCAGAAGAUUGUUGAAAAUGUCAUUCCCAAAUUCAUGUCAUUCUCUCCAAAAAAAAAAAUUCCUCAAUUUGGCUAAGCAAUUUUGUAGAGAAAAAAACAAACGUUGGAAUAAAAAAAAAACAUUUUUUACCAAUUUAC